AUUUGAUCAGGCGGUCAGUUGCACUGACUUCGAGUCCUUAUCAAAAAACUGUUCAAACCCGAGACUGUCCGCAUGAGAGAGGCGCUUCUACACGGAUAGGGACGAUGCCAAGAGGCUGGGGGCUUUAUUUAAAUCUUAUUUACUCAUAAGCGUACGAACAAUUUGAUCACAAAUCGUUCAUCGUUGGCUGUGUAAUCUGUGAUGUCCGUUUCGCGACCACCACUUAUCGUGUCUGUGCUAAAAGACUUUUCUAGUUUUUCCGUUUUUCGCGGCGAAGUGGAAGAAUUACGAAGGUACUUAAAAUAAUUAACAGUUUUUUUUGUUGUCAAAUUAUUGUGAUAAGACUGUGCAAACUAUUUUUUUGGGACUUUUGGAUUUAUACAAAUAAUGUGUGAUGGAAUUCAGAUUUAGACUAUUACUUAUUACCUUUCUUAUUGGACCUAUACAUUGCCAAUACGGUGAUAUGCAAGGCAAUAGGCAACCAGGACCGAAAAAGUACUGCGGCAGUCAAAUUGGUCAGGCGCUGUCUGCCGUUUGUCAAGGGAAUUACAAUACACUUAAAAGAGUUGAUCGCUAUCCCCGACCAACGCAAUGGGACGCCAUGUACGGAGACGCCCCUGCCCCAGACAUGUCCGAUUUCGGUUUCCCCUACCAAACGCGGUCGGAAGCGACCUCCCUGAUGGGGGGCAAACGGAGGAAGAAACGUUGGGGCGUCUACAACGAGUGCUGCGAGAAAUCAUGCACUCGAGAGGAGCUGUCAUCGUACUGCGCGGCGCCAUCCAAGCGGAGGCGGCGAUAAUUACUUUUAAUGCAAAACAAUUGUGAUACUAAUUUUAGUAUUAAGAGGAAAACUUAAACGCAAGAACCGGAACGGUUCUUGAUUAACGAAGAUUCGAAGAUAGAUUGUGAGUUUUUUCUGUGAAAAAUUGUUAGGAAAUUGUUUAAGAAAAUUGCCGUCCACGUCCACGAGUGUCGCUCUAUAGAGGUAACGUAGCGGUGAAGAUCUGAGGAUGAUGAUCAUGUAGUCGAAAUACGUAAUUUGUUCAAACUAAAUUAUUGAAAUUAAAGUGUAUUUUCCAUGAAAAUUUUGAUACGUAAUUGACGAAUUAUUUGCGACAAAAAGAUUAAAAAAGUAAAGAAAUUAUUUUAUUUUAAAUCAAGAUACAUAUCAGCGUCAUUUUCAAGCUGAUCUUUUCUUUUAAAAAUAUUGUUUUUAAAAC